UUCAGAAACUCGAAUAAAAGAAACAGGGAGAUGCACCCGUUGAAAAACUGUCUCAAAAAGGGCAAAAACAAAAAGACAAGAGACAGAAAAACGGCAGUUUGAGGCCCACGAGGCAUACUCGAGGAUGUGACGCCCAACGGCACACCGACAUGGGGGGCAUUGACGUCGUUGAUGGCGGGGAAGUUUUUUUUCUCUCUUUUCCCUCUUUUUUUUCCCCUUUUUAAAUGUAGCAGUGAAUCGACGACAGAUGGUUACUCACAUAGACUGAGUAGUUUUUGCCCGACUCAGGCCUCGCAGGGCAAACCGAGACAACACGAUGGAUUGAGAGUUCACAGGAUUGUCUGGCUCUGGUCUCCUGGGAAGUUGACGAGUCCUCGAAGCUGGAACUCUCGAGGUGCUGCUGGAGUGGAGUUUGGGUCCCGUUUUCCUUACAAAGAUCGAAUAAGGACCACGAAGACAGAUGGCCAAUUAAGAGCGAACAUACAGUCCAGGGGAGGAAUCGAUACAGCAGAAGAAGGAAACAGACUAUUAAAUUGAUUAUAACUAUAUUCAAGUAUCUUGUAAAGAGGAAUAACCACUGCCAACGUGCGUAGAGGGGCCAGCCUGAGGGCGGUGACGCCAAGUCACAUGGGGGAAUUUCCGCUGU